AAGAAAAGGACUCACAAAAUAGUUUUUCAUACCAAUUGGCAAUUGGUGUUCAAGUGAAAUUAUCUGAACCUGAGGGGGCUUUCUGAAAUUUCCCACUUAUCCCACCAUUUUCCCACCCUACCCCUUCUCAAAAAUUGCAGAGAGAUAAGAUAAGGUGAGCCCAAAAGACAGACGCUUCCUCCUCUCUCUUUCUCAUUCUCUUCAGCAAUGGAAGCCACUCUCUUCAGCUUCCCUUCCUCCAAACCCCCAUCACCUUCCCUAACCCAAACCCAGUCCAAAACCCUUCUGACCCGACCCACCAACCCAUUUCUCUCCCUCACCCCCCGACCCACCCGCCACCACCACCGCCUGCCCACAAUCCGAUCUGCCAUCUCGCGCACCAAGAAAGAACAGACCGUCGAAACCAUCAAAGAGAAUCUCGAGAACUGCCAUCUCUUGGCCGGCAUCAAAUACAAAGGCCUCACCGUGAAGCAAUUUCAAGACCUCCGCAAAGUCCUACCCGAGACCACAAAGCUCAUUGUGGCCAAGAACACUCUGGUCUACAAAGCCAUAGAGGGAACUCCAUGGGAGGCUCUCAAGCCCUGCAUGACCGGCAUGAACGCUUGGCUCUUUGUCCACAGCGAAGAAAUCCCACCUGCCAUUAAGCCUUACAGGGACUUUCAGAAGGAGAAGAAGCUCGACAGCAAUGACUUCACCGGUGCUGUGUUUGAAGGCAAGUUUUAUGCGCCUGGGGAUUUUAAGCAGCUUGAGACAAUGCCAACGAGGGCUGAGAUUUAUGCUAAGUUGCUCGGGACGUUGAAUAGUCCGGCGUCGAGCUUGGUCGGGACAAUACAGGCGCCGGCGAGGGAGUUGGUCAUGCUUUUGAAGGCUUAUGUGCAGAAAUUGGAGGAGGAGAGCGGUGGUGGGCAAUAGUGAUACGAUAGUGGAGAAGUAGUAAGUGUAUCUUGAAGACCCACCUGUUGUUUUUUUGGUGUUCUUGUGUUGUUGUAGUACAAUGCGUUUUUAUGUUUGUUGACAUUCAAGGAAUAAUGAGUUGUAGAUUUGUGUACAAUUGGAGCUUUAGUAAGCAUUGAUCUUGAAUUUUAUGGCUAUCUGUGCACAAUGUAUGUGCAUUGUUGCUGUUUACUUAUAUUAAGAACGCUCAAUGCCUAAAGAUUAGUUUUUGCAA